AUGAGAUUUCGACGCCUGACCCCUGGCUACUUCCGGGUGCUACAGAUGCAGAUAGCUGGGGAGCUCAAAGCAGAGCCCCGGAGUCCACUGGCCGGGGUAGUGGCUACACUGCUGGCUGUCCUUGGACUGGGUGGCUCCUGCUAUGCUGUCUGGAAGAUGGUGGGGCAGCGGCGGCCGCCACAGGCCUGA